AUGGUGAAUUGGUUUUGCAUUUACGUGAUUGUAUCGACCCUUCCUCUGGAUAAACGGGUUUAUAUUUAUUAUUGGUGUUGUUUUAUUCCUUUGGAUAGUUCCGCUGGGAUAUUUGGGAAUUUGGUGUGGCUUUCGGGGACUCCAUUGAACUCCUAUCAGGGAGGACCCUUUGAACCACUUGGCGACCACGCAGUCGACAACACUUUGGCGACGAAGAUCGAUUGGCUUUUAGGUAAGUUUUUAUUGUUUUUGGUUGCAUUUUAGGCUUGCUUGGCAGAGAUCAGAUAGUCCGACGUAAAACUCGGUUAUCUGCAAGAGAAUUCACGUGGAUUCUCUUGGGGUAAAAGAAGAAUUACCCAAAAAUCUCUGAUACUCUCGAUCUAAAAAAUCGUAGAGAUUACCUCGGAAGGACAAGAAAGAAUCCUGACGAGAGCGGAGUUGACCCGAAGGAAGUUAAGGGCUCUCCAAGUCGAUUCUCACCUCAAGAAACCAGGUGGAAUCGAAGUGGGACUCACUGAUUGAGAAACCCACUCUUGUGCUACCUAACGAAGAAUAGGUCAGCGCAAGCCAACGCUGUCUCGAAGGAAAGUAAGAGCAGAGUUGUAAAAACAGAUCAAUACUAAAGAUCUGUGUGGUAAAAGAAGAGUUACCACUUUACGGACGAUUUCGAUCGAAGAAUUAUCGAAAUACGUCUGGAGGCAAGUGUAAUAUCAGAAGUAUUGCCAUACUCGAAUUCAUUGACAAAUUCGAGUUAUUAUAGCUGCAUCCAAGCUUUUCGAGCAGCGUGAGACGAAUUUUUCGCGGUAACUAUCAGGGAAUUUGCGAGAAUUUUGUGAUUUGAUAUUGUUUUAGGUAUCAAAUCGGAAUUGUUUGAGAAAGUUUUUGAAAAUUGUAUUUGCUUUGAAACUUUGUGUUGUCUUGUCAAGAGUUUCGUGUAGUACGUGUUCGUAUAUAAUUUGCGUGAUUGCGUUCGUGAUCUCCGCGAAUUCGUUGAUCUAAUUCUACUCUUUGCAGAAUCGGAGACUCGAGUUGCCAAGAACCACAACUCCAGCCCAGAACCUCGACAAGUGGAAGUGAAGUGAGUUCUUUUUGAAUUAGUGCCUUGUCAUUUAGAAGAGAAUGGAACACGGGGAUAGCAAAGGGGGUGGAAAUGAGGUCAUGGAAGACAUAUUAAAAUUCACGAAAGAGCAGAGGGAAAAAUCGGAUAGGACCUUGAUCGAGGUACAAAAACAAGCUGAGGAAGAUAGAAAGAAAAUAGAAGAGUUAUCUCAAGCUGUUCAAGCUUUAUUAGCGCAAAGCGAAGUAAAGCAACCGCAGAGCGAGAGUAUUUCUUUUGCGCCGCGCAUAGAGAAUCCGCCAGCUAGAAGCGGGGGAUCCGUCGCUGAUCUUAUGUUUAUAGAAAUGCGGCUCCCCACGUUGACGGGGAAGGAAAAACAAAGCGAAGUUGUCAGUUUCUUCUACAAAUUUCGCGCGGGGACUGUAAAUCACACCACGCAGGAAAAGAGGGAUCUCCUUGAAGCCAAGGUAGCGGGAAAAGCAGCUCGGCUGUGGGAACACACGAGCUUGGCUUCGGAAAGCAGCGACUUUGAUCAAAACUUAGCUGAAUUCGAGAGUGAGUUGAAAAGAAGAGCGGCAGAUCAUAGGGAUUGGGCUUCUAUUUAUCUCAAACCUUUCAUCCGAGGGAACAAUAUGUCUAUCCGCGAAUACGCUGAUCAGAUAAGCGACAUCACCAUCAGAGCAUUUGCUGGUGCGCCUAAACACAUACUCGAAAAGCAUAUGAUCUCAAAAUUUAUGGCUGGGUUAAAUCAUAGAGAAGCUAGCAUCGCACUCGCCGCGGAAUUACAUAAAAACCUCCCCUUCGAAGAGAUGGUUCAGAUUGCCACCAAUGUGUGUAACUACGACAAAGGAAACUGGUAUCAAGCACAGCAAAAUCAAUCAUUUGAAGCUGAGAAUUACUUAAACAGUCAUGCUCCAGCGCAUCUAAGUGCCUUUUGGAACGGUCCGUCUCAAAAUAAUCGAUCAAUUCCUCAACCAACGGUUGAUAACGUAGGUCCAAUUGCAAAUCAGCAUCAGGAUUUUCACCUACCCGGCCUGCAAUAAAUUCGCGCAAGCCAGAGUCGGGUGAAUACAUCAGCAGUUGUAAAGCGCGAUUAUUUUGUCAGUAUUGCAAUGGAGGAGAACAUUUGGAGAAGGAUUGUCACGAACGGAAGGAUUAUUUGAAACAGCUCAGAGAGAAGGCAUUAGCAGCUCGGGUAAAUUAUAAAGCGAAUAGAGGAUCUUCAAUCGUUCCGAAAAUCAUCUCAGCUGGUCCAGUGGAGCAAGAACCACAGGAGAAUUCUGAAGUUAAAAUUACGGCGAACUGCACGAUAAACGAAAUUGAGAGUCUAAGAGAAAAAUCCGGACUGAAAUCAGGUCAGGAACCUUUCACAUGCUCAAAUCUUGAGGAAUUGAGUGGAAGUACCGAGGAACUCGAAUUCGGAGAUCUCGAGACAUUAUUCGCUGAGCCAGAGAUUUCAUGUCUACCCUCAAAAGUUCACCCACAGACAGACUACACAUUGGAGUUGUCAAAAUCCGCGUUCAUGAGUUGGAAACACGAGAAGAAGAGAAUAACUCCGAGUUUUGAGGAAAUCCUAGACAAUUCCGUCUACGAAAAAUGGUUUAGUACCAAUGACCUUGAGAUCAAAGGCCCAAAAAUCAAUGUUGACAUUCCGAAGGAAGAUGCUUUCGAGAGUUUUGAGAAGAUAAAGGAACUCUCCGCAAAAAUUGUGCCAAGAGUCAAAUAUUCCGGUCAAAAUAUUCAAAUUCCUGAUAAUUGCCUAGGUGAUAAUAUGUUUCUGAAGUCAUUUCUCCCUGGUAAAGGCUGCAAAUUUAAGUUCUUGGAGGAAAAUCACAGUUUCAAUGGUGAUUUCGACAAGAACAACUCGAUAGAAUGGUCGUAUUCCUCGCGAAUCGAAGGAAAGGGAACCAAAUUUAAAUGUUCGGAUAUUUACGUCAUCCGUGCGGCUAGCUUGACCGUAAAUUGCUAUUUUAGUAUGGAAAUACCGUAUUUUGUUGUAGCGUGUAGUAUAAUUCUAAAGGUAUUUCAAUUUUUGAUUCGUAAAUUCACUAUUUACUUAUUUUGUUCCGGUAAAACAUCGACUCGUACCUUGUUCUUAGAUAAAUUUCAGGAUCCCAUAAAAUAUCCUGAAAACCCGGAACUUACAUUUUGAAGUCGAGGACGACUUCAGAUGUUUAGGGGGGAGCUUGGGGGUUAUUUAGGAUAUUUUAGGGAUUUUUAGGGACUUUUAUUCACUUUUACUUUCAGAUUUCGACUACGUUCUCUUCCGGACAAAGCUCACUUCAUGUCAUUCUACCAAUACCAAACCAGAUCGGACAAGCCCCAGGAGAAACCAAUCAACUUCCCCAACGGCGCAUCGACUUCACUGACAUCGGGGACGAUGCCAACUUGGUGAGGGGGCGAAUGGUGCAGGACCGCACCGGACCUCGGGCUGGGUCCCGCCGCGAAACCUAACGCACCGUUGGAAAGUCAAGGAACGUGAGAGAAUGGAAUUCAGUCAGGGAAGUUCACGGUCCGGAGAGCCGAGUGGGAGGCGGUUGGAUUGGAACGAUAG